CUGAAAUUAUAUAAAUUUGAGGGGGUAUCCUACAGACCUUUUCUUCUCACCUACUCCUCCCUUUCCCUUUCUUUGCCUUUGACCUCAAAAGUCCAUUCAUCAUGAAGGUCGCCGUCAUUUCAGCAGCCAUUGCCACCGCCCUAUUCGCUGUUCCUUCAGUUGCCAUCAUCGAUACCUUCCUAUGGCCAAUCCCGCAGAGUCUCUCAUGGGGUGAUGGAAAACUCAACAUAGAUAACUCUUUCAAAUUCGAUGCUCCUAACGUUCCAGAACUUCAAGCUGCUGUCGCUCGUUACAAGAAGCUCAUCUGGAAAGAGCGCUGGACUUCCGUCCAAGUUCCCUUCGGUAAUGCAACCACCCAGAACCAUGCAAGUCACGGAAAAUUGAAGUCCAUCAGCAUUUCCAUCAAGGAUAAGAAAGCAGAUCUUUCCCCUGACGUUGACGAGUCUUACACCAUAGACAUCCCCGAGAAUGCAAGUACUGGUACCAUUACCGCACAAACCAUCUGGGGUGCCAUGCACGGCCUCGAGACAUUUUCUCAACUCGUCAAGGCUACCAGUGAUAGCCAUAAUGCAGGCUUGUACGUUGCCAAAACUCCCGUUAAAAUCAAGGAUGCUCCAAAGUUCCCAUACCGUGGUAUCAUGCUUGAUACAGCUCGCAACUUCUACAGUGUUGAUGAUAUCCUUCGUACCAUUGACGGCAUGUCUUACAACAAGAUGAACGUCCUUCACUGGCACAUCACUGACAGUCAGAGUUUCCCUUUGUUGCUGGAAUCUGUUCCCGAGCUGGGUGACAAAGGCGCAUACACUCUCCAUGGAAAACGCCUUGGCUACACCAAGAGCGACGUCAAGCGUAUUAUAAAGUACGCAAGAGCGCGUGGUGUCAGAGUGGUUCCUGAGUUGGAUAUGCCAGCACAUACGGCUUCCUGGAAAGGUGUUGAGGGCAUCACUACCUGUACCGAGCAGUUCUACCUUGACCCAACCAACGACUGGGGUAAUAGGUACGCUAACGAACCGACUGCAGGUCAGCUCAAUCCCAUCAACCCCAAAACGUAUGAAAUUGUCAACAAGGUAAUCGAUGAGGUGACCUCAUGGUUCGACGAUGAGUACUACCAUGGAGGUGGUGAUGAGCCCGUCAACCACUGCUGGCAAGAUGAUAAGGGUGUCAGCGAUUACAUGCAGAAGAACAAUGUCACUGGUGACGAUCUUUUGGAGACCUUCUUGAACAAGGAGUUGGCAACCAUCAAGAAGAACAAGAAGACUGCCAUUCUCUGGGAGGAUGCAGUCACUAGCUUGCACUUGAAUAUUCCCAAGGAGACCAUUCUCCAAGUUUGGACUGGUUCUAUCAAGGAUGCUGUUCAAGCCGGUCAUAAAGUCAUUGCCUCCAGCUAUAACUUUUUCUAUCUUGAUUGCAGAAGUGGCAACUGGAAUGGCAACGACACUACCGUAGAUGAGCAAGUACCCCCUACGGUCCCUCAAAAACUCCAAGACUACAUCAAUAACAACUACCCUGACUGGGCUGGUAAUCUGAUUGCCUCGCCUAACUUUGGCGGCGUUGCUGGAGAUUGGUGUGCUCCAUUCAAAUCAUGGCAGAGAGUGUACAGCUAUGAUGUGACAUACCAAUUAACCAAGGAGGAAGCUAAAUCUGUACUAGGAGGCGAAGUAGCACUGUGGAGCGAACAGAGUGAUUCUAUGACUUUGGAUAUGAAGCUCUGGCCAAGAGCUGCUGCCGCCGCAGAAAUGCUUUGGUCCGGCAGAUACGACAGCACUGGAAAGCAGCGUGAUAUUGGCGAAGCUAUGCCUCGAAUGUUCGAUUGGAGAUACCGACUCGUCGAACGUGGCCUCAGAGCUGAGCCUAUCCAACCUUUGUGGUGCGGAAAGAAUCCUCAUGGUUGUGACUUGAAUUACCCUUGGGUUUUUACUCACCCAAAUGACGGAGGAGGCUACUGAUGAUGACGAAUAGCUCGUGAUUGGCUCUCGGUCCUUAGAUCAAAUAAUGUUAUUAAUAUCAAGAACUGAAGAUGGUAGCGACGUAGUCUUCGCAUGACCAUCUCCCUUCAAACUCAAUGUUAUGUCAAAAAGUUUGUUUGUAUCAAAAGAGCCAG